UUUUUAUUUUAUAACCAUUAUCGCUUUAUCUUCUCCAUUCAACACCGCCAUUUGCUUUUCAGUUUCAAGGUAGUCUCUCUCUCUCUCAAGAGAUCUCUAACAAUAAUUCACAAAAAAUGGCUCGAGUGCUUUUGUUGCUUGCUCUAUGUGUGCUACCAGCCCUCGUAAGAGCUGCUCGCCCAGCGAGAAACCCAUUUGUGGUUCAAGGGAGCGUCUACUGUGACACUUGCCUUGCUGGUUUUGAAACCUCCAAGACCACUAACAUUGCAGGUGCGAAGGUUAGACUGGAAUGCAAGGACAGAAAGACACAAGAUCUUGUCUACAGCAAGGAAGGAACAACAGACUCAACUGGAAAAUACACCAUCACUGUUGAUGAGGACCAUGAGGAUCAGAUUUGCGAUUGCAUGCUAGUUAGCAGCCCCCGGAAGGACUGCCGAUCACCAUCUGCUGGCCGUGAUCGUGCCCGUGUUAUCUUGACCAAUGACAAUGGACUUGUGUCAACUACCCGUUAUGCCAAUGCUAUGGGUUUCAUGGCAGCACAGCCCAUGUCUGGCUGCACUGAGCUUCUCAGGUUAUACCAGGAGUACGAAGAUUAGAGUUUCAUUUGGAGUUGCUCUAAUGUAUGUGUCUAGUUGACUGAUCUCUCUAUCAUUCUAUUAUUAUAUUAUGAUUGUUUUGUUUCUUGAUGUCCACAGGGCUGUUAAUUUAUCCUUGUUAAUGGACUCGGUUGGAAUUUAUUAUUAUAUUAUUAUUAUUAUUAUUAUUACAUUACAAUUACAAUUACAAA